CCAUCACUCCACCGAGCCACCCUUACCAUGAUCUCUGCCGCAGCCUGGAUCGCACGCGGCAAGGCGCGCCAGCACCCGGCCAAGUACGCCGUCGACGACGCCGAGCUGGCGCGUGUCGCGGCGCUGGCGAACCUGCAGUUCGACGACGCAAAGGCCACCCUGCAUGCCGCGCAGAUGCAGAUGGCCGGCGACGGGCCCGAGGGCGACUGGCGCGACGACGACGACGAGAGCGGCAGCGAGGCGGGCGACGCCGGCAUGGACGAUGCACCGGCAGUCGCGGCGGCCAAGCCCGACAGCAACGAUCCCGACGACCUCAGCCGCUACAACCUCGACACGUACGACGACGAGCCGGUCGCGUCGACGACGGGCCCGUUCAGCAACAUCAAGGGCCUGCAGUACUACCGCAACAACGACGAGGACCCGUACAUCACGCUCAAGGAUGACAACGCAGACGAGGAGGAGGAGCGGCAAGAGCUCGAGGUGCUGCCGUCGGACAACCUCAUCGUGUGUGCCAAGACCGAGGACGACGUGUCGCUGCUGGAGUGCUACGUGUAUGCGUCGGGCGACUCGAACCUCUACGUGCACCACGACCUCAUGCUGCCCUCGUUCCCGCUCGCGCUCGAGUGGCUCGACUACGCGCCCGCCGGCGGGCCCGCAGCCGCGGCAGACCAGAACAGCGCGCAGAAGCACGGCAACUACAUUGCCGUGGGCACGAUGGACCCGGAGAUUGAGGUGUGGAGCAUGGACACCGUCGAGGGCCUGUACCCGGAUGCCAUUCUCGGCAGCCGGGAACGGACAAAGGACCUGGGCACCCAGAUGAGCGGCACCGGCAAGAAGAAGCGGCGCAUCCCGAAGAAGCGCGUCGCCAAUGCAGACUACCACGUCGAUGCCGUGCUGGGCCUCUCGUGGAACCGCACAGCGCGCAACCUCCUCGCGUCUGCUAGUGCCGACUGCACUGUGAAGCUCUGGGACCUCUCUCGCGCACCAACAGGCGACGGCGAGGGCACGUACGCGCUGCGCAGCUUCGACAAGAUCCACACGGACAAGGUGCAGAGCGUCGCAUGGAACACGUCGGGCGCCAACGGCGGCCAGCCGAGCGUGCUGCUCAGUGGCUCGUACGACAAGACGAUGCGCGUCUUUGACACGCGGAGCCCGGACGUCGGCGUCGUGGCGCGCGUGGCGGCCGACGUGGAGGCGGUGCGGUGGAAUCCGUGGCGCGAGCACAACUUUAUGGCCUCGUUCGAGGACGGCCUCGUACAGUCCUUCGACGCACGCAUGCUCUCGUCCGCCGCCUCGCCGCCUGCCGUCACCUCGACGCUCUUCACGCUCUCGGCACACACCGGCGCAUGCACGAGCCUCGACAUCAGCCCACACAUUCCCGGCUGCAUCGUGACUGGCGGCGAUGACCGCACGGUGAAGCUGUGGAGCAUCGCGGAGGAGGGCGAGGCGCAGAAGCCGAAGAGCAUCAGCAUGGUCGCCAGCCGCGAUCUUGAUGCUGGCAAGAUCUUCAGCGCCACCUUCUCGCCCAACGACGCGCUCACGCUGGCCGUGGCGGGCAGCAACGGCACGCUGCGCAUCUGGGAUGCCCUCUCCAACGUCGGCGUGCGCAAAACAUUCGGCGACCGCCUGCGUGCCAUGCCUGCCGAGCUGGCGCCGAGCCUGGACGCAGAGACGCGCGGCGACGGCGUCGUCAUGCUGGCGGAUGAGGGCAGCGAGGCGAGCGAUGACGACGACGAGCCGCUGCCUGCCGACGCGGAGGGAGACGUGGCCAUGGAGGAAUAGAGGCCUUACACUGCGUAGCACGAGAAAGAGAGGGAGAGCGGGGCGGGGCGAGGCAAUGACUUUCGUUGCGUGCUAGAUCGUGACGGGUCUACAUGAGG